AUGUGGGAGAGAACACUGCAAGAUCUCAUCCGCGGGCUCCGCGCUAACAAGAAAGACGAGUCCCAAUUCAUUGCCAAGGCAGUCGAUGAAAUUCGCAAGGAGAUCAAGGGCGACGACAUGGAGCUCAAGGCGGGGGCAGUCCUGAAAUUAACCUAUCUUGAUAUGCUUGGAUAUGACAUGAAAUGGGCGUCCUUCCAUGUUGUCGAGGUCAUGUCCUCCCCCCGGUUUCAUCUAAAAAGCGUCGGAUAUCUUGCCGCGGUACAAUCAUUCGACCAGGAGACCGAUGUUCUCAUGCUCACGACAAACCUUCUCAAGAAAGACCUGACUUCUACACCAGCAGACAUCUCUGUAACACUCAAUGGGCUCUCCCAUAUUGUCACUCCAGAUCUUGGCCGCGAUCUCUCCUCCGAACUCAUGACAAUGUUGACCCAUUCGCGUGCGCAUAUUCGGAAACGCGCUAUUCUGGCGCUCUACAAGGUUAUGGACACAUAUCCCGAAGCUUUAGCUCCGGGAGUAGCGCGUUUGAGGGAGAAAUUGGAUGACCCUGACCCAGGUGUUGUGGCCUCGACAGUCAAUGUUCUAUGCGAACUGGCUCGAAAGCGCCCAGAAGACUACCUCAUCCUGGCGCCACAACUCUUCCACCUGCUUCAGACUUCAAGCAACAAUUGGAUGCUCAUCAAAAUUAUAAAGUUGUUUGGCUCCUUGUCUCCCCAUGAACCCCGUCUCGUCAAGAAACUUCAACCACCCAUUACGGAAUUGAUUUCGACGACCCCAGCAAUAUCACUUCUUUAUGAGUGUGUUCACACCUGCAUCAUUGGAGGCAUGUUGCAAGGGUCCUCCGGUGAUUCGCUCGCUAGGUUAUGCGUUUCCAAGCUCGCAGCAUUCAUCCAAGACACCGACCAGAAUCUGAAGUAUAUCGCCCUUCUUGCUCUCGUCAAGAUUGUGCCUACCCAUCCCCAUCUAGUUGCCGAGUAUCAAGACACCAUUCUUGCCAGCGUUAAUGACCAUGACAUGAGUAUUCGAAUGCGAGCUCUUGAUCUGGUGUCUGCUAUGGUUACAUCCCAUAAUAUCCAAUCAAUUGUGCAACAAAUUCUUUCGCAUCUUGUUGCUGACUCCUCGACAACCGCACUACCUACCGCAGCACAGUCCUUGGCCCAACAGGCCAACUCCCCGACCAUUUCUACCCCACACAUUUCCCCCACACAGUCACCCGCAUACCGCCUGGUCCUUUCGCAACGCAUUCUUCAUAUUUGCUCCCAGUCGUUAUACGAGAACAUCACCAACUUCGAGUGGUACUUGUCGGUUCUCGUCGAUUUGGCUCAUAUCGCCAAUGUGGAUGUUGGUGCCCAAAUACGAGAUCAGCUGGUUGAUGUGGUCGGAAGAGUGAAGGGAGUACGACGCUACGCCGUGAAGCUAAUGUACACACUAUUGUGUGACGACACAAUACUGCACAAUGCACGAGAAGAGGGUAGCUGUUCAGAGGUGUUAUGGGCAGCAGCCUGGAUAUGCGGGGAAUACUGCAGUGAACUGGCAGAACCCCAAAAGCUGCUACCAUACCUUUUACAGUCGCAGAUAGCCAUUCUCCAUCCAGAAAUAAUCGCUGUCUACAUCCAAACCAUAUCCAAAAUAUUCGGAAGCUGGGCUGCAGAAGUAGCUGAGCGAUGGGAUGACGAAGACAUGGUCGAGGUGAAGAGCACUGUCGAUUUGAUCAUCAAUGGGAUCAAGGUAUUUACCGGUAAUGCCGAUGUGGAGGUGCAAGAGCGGGCCGCGAAUACGCUGCAACUCUUUAACUUCAUCCAGGCAGAUUUGAAUGGGUAUAAGCCUCUGCCCCCCAACAAUCCCUUCGCGGAGGCUUCUUCGUCGUUUGACCCUGUGGGGUCAGCGGAGCCACGAUUCCCAAAGAGCUUGUAUCUUAUUCAGCCGCUGCACAGCGCUUAUGAGCUGAAUCCCGUCGCCUUGCUGGCCCAAGCCAGCGUUCCCGUUCCCGAGGGACUCGAUCUCGAUGUUUGGUUUGUCGCGCCGCCACCGGAACCCGCCGCCAAACCAGAGCUCAAAACUCCCAAGUCGAGCAAGGGCAAAGGCAAGGAAGUCAACGGGAGCAAGUCUAAAAGCAAGAAGAAGCAGAAGGAGAGUGAUGCGAAUGGUGUAGUCGUCCUGACACCAGUAGUGGACGAGGAGCCAGAAGACCACGAAGCGAGAGAGAGGAGGCUUGCCGAGCGGCGAGAACGACUCCGCGAUGAUCCGUACUACAUUAUUGAUGAUCGGUCGGCAUCAACCUCCCGGCAAGCGACACACGACGACAUUGACUCCAUUCCGGUCGUCCAUCUCGAUGAUAUGCCUUCCAUGUCUUCAAUCGAUGAUUCUCACCUCCCAACACUGCGCGCCGAGGCUGUGCCGAGCCACCAUGUGGCAUAUACUAUUGAUCGCGACGGUGAAAUGCCUGCCGGUGCCGUGUCGCCACAGCCCACCUCAACGCGAGAAGGCAGUCACACAUCUACGCGAGCAACAACUCCCGCCCUCACCGGCAGCAGUACCCCAUCAUAUGUCUCGUCCUUCCCCCAAUACGAUGUUCCAGACGCGGACGUUCGGACCAGCACGCCUGAACCGAUCAAGGUCACUCGGACGAAAAAGAAGACGAAGAAACGGACACAGGACAGCAGUGCGCUUGUAGAGUCUACUUCAUAG